CCUGCUUGACUGUCCCGCUCACUCAGACCUCACAGGAAACUCCCAACCAGCUCCCCCCCCUGCCCUCACACUCGCUCACCCUUUACUCACCACACUUUUUUGCUUUCACACACAGUCCCACCGGCUGCUCUGAGUCCGUGCAGAGAGGAUGGCUGCGUCCAUGUGCAGAAUGAAUUGGCUCUGGAGGAGGAUGGCUGGAGUCCUGGUGCUCUGCGCUCUGUUGCUCAGCAAUGAGGUGAUAUGUCAAGAAGACGCAACAGUAGAACCCCCCGCCAUAUCUGACGCCAAUCCCACCUCAGGAGCCAACGCUGCGACCGAUGCUGCUGCUCCAGAUGCUGUUACUCCAGAUGCUGCUGCUCCAGAUGCUGCUGCUCCAGGUGUGUCAGCGGCCCCGACCGCAGCUGACCCUGCGACGGCAGCAGGUCAAGACGCUGCAGCCUCUGGGGCUCCACUCUCACCAACAAUUAUAAUCAUUGCAGCCAAUCCAGACAGCAUGGACACGUCAGGGUCCACUGUGGCCCCCUCUGACAGCAACAAUAAUGGAGUUGCACCCAUUGAGGUUGUUCAUUUGAUGCUGCCUGAAGUGAAGUGUGUUGGAAAAGACGUCAUCCCAGAGGGCAACGCCGUCAAGGCUGUGGUGGCGACUGAUGAUUGUGAGGCAACCAAACAGAUUAUUCUGUCAAACCCUGCAGGCUGGUGCCACAGCAAAAACUGUAAUCUAGAAAUCUUCCAAGAUGGCAACAAUGUGCUGGUGGCCAGUGAUGAUGCUAAGUUGAAAACUUUGGCUGAAGCUCUGCAGAGUGAACAUUUGAAAGACAAGCUGGGUGUGACAAAGAUUGAGACCCCGUCAUCGUCAGGUUCCUCUGUAUUCGUUGGAAUUCUGGUCACCGGUCUGCUCGCUGCCCUCGCGAUCACUGUCGGUUACUUUAAAUGCCAACGCAGGGCCGACCCCAAGGGAGUGAGGCUGGCGGAGGAGGCCUAUCCAGUGGAUCCGGAGAACCAGGGGAACACCCUUGUGUCUGUGGCCCCCCUCAACCCCCCUCCAGAAACUCAGGAGAAACCCAGCGUCAACGGAGAGUCCCCCGAGCCGGCCAAGACCGAGCCUGCUCCUCCUCCCACCAACGGCCAUUCCACCGCCAAGACAGCAGACACAGAGCUGUGAAGUAGACGACCGACGAAUGGCAGCCCAGGAACUACCCCCCCACAAACACAACCCCCGUCCACACACACACCCCUGAAAACUCACCUCCUUUUUCUGAAUCCCCCCCACCCCCAAGUGCCUCAACAAACAUCAGGAAACCUAGUCUGAUGAUGACAAUGACGAUGACGAUGAAGGCUCAGUACCCGGGUCGUUGACGGCCGUCAGGCUGGAGGCGAGAGAGCGGAGAGGGCGGAGUUCAGGGUGUGUAGUUUAGCGAUAAUCAACACUGGCUCCCGUGACGUCUGCAACCUCUGGAGUCACAUUCACGUGCUGUCAACACCCAGCAGGGUCUCGUGCUCGUCGUCAGCCUUAAAGCUUCAACCAAAACCCUUGAUUAGGAAAAACAAAGAAUAAGCUCAUAAAUGAAAUUGUUCCUUGGUUUAUUGAAACGACAGACAGACAGAUUGACAGGAGAAAAAGAAACACGGUGCCUUGAAAUCUGUUUACAAGCUUCUCGGAGAGAAACUCCAUCAGGCUUUCGUCUUGUUCAUCUGAUUGAAUUAUUGAUGUGUGCGAAUGUGUGUCAAAUCCUGCACGUGUGGGUCAACAUGUACUUGCAUCUGUACUGUAAAUUUCCAUACGUGCAUCUACACUGCUUUUUUUCUGCUCACUGUAUGUACUGUAUGCAUGAUUGAUGUGGAGCCAUGGGUUUGAAUGUGCAUGUGACAUUUGCCUUUAAAUAUGUACAAUUUUGUAAAAUAAGUCGAGUGGCGGCUCACCGAGUUACGGCCGCUCUCCUGAACGACGAGGACGGAGUAUAGUAUUAGAAUUCACCAAUCUGCUACUGCAAAGUGAAGUGACAUCACAAAGUUAACGCAAAGCUCAUCCAUUGUCAGUAUUAUUCUCUUUUCAAUAUACUGUAUAAGCUCUUUUUACUCUCAGUAUUCUAUUGAUCAGUGUGUAUGGUAUGGUGACUCUGUCUUGUUUUUAUUCUGUGUACUUUCAUUUUUGUGCCAAAGAAUUUCACUUCAUAGCUUGUGUUGUACUAAAACACGAACUCUCUGGCACCUUUACAAUGUUUGAUCCAGGUCACAUACGAUACACAAAGAUGCUCGAGUGCCACGACGGCGAGAAAGAAGCAGCUUGUGGUUGAAAUCUGUUGUUUUUUCUUUCCUUUGGUUUAUAAAUUAAGACAAACCAGAGAGAAAAGCACAAAAAGGAAAAAUGUAUUUUAUUUUCGUAGAACUAGAACCAGCAAGAUAAAUGAGAUGUCUCACAUUAAUUCUUUCCUUUCAAUUCAUUUUCGCUUUUCACUGCUAACAUUCCAGUGUGAUUAUUUCAUUCUUCCAGCGGUUUAAAUUUGAUUUAACGUGAAAAAAAUAAAAAGUAAA